AACGACGAUAUGAUAUGAUACUUUAACGACGAUAUACCCGUACCAGUGGUCGGGUGGUACAUCAUAACACCAGGAAACCUUGAUCCGGCUCUCGAUAGGUCUGCUCCACAGGAAAGUUUUGAUGGCUAGAUUUGGAACUUGAAUCGCAUGUUCGCUUGUGGAGUUAUUAAUUUGAUAUUAUUUCACUUGAUCAGUUUGUUUAACAUCUUUGAAAAAUGAAGACGAUUGUCUAUUUCACCCUCCUCGUCGGGCUUGUGUGUUUUGCCCGCAAAGCCCAUUCAAGCCACAUCGAAGAGAGCGGUAUGGGCGAGGCUGAGAUGGAAAGACGUAGGACCUACUGUAUACGAAUCGCUCGCGUCAGCAAGAGAGAUACAGUUGAAAUUCAACCUGUAAACUGCGCACCAGGAUUCGAGUUCUGCUUCACAUCUACUACCUGUUGCUGCGAACAAAUUCCGGAGAGAAGCAACGCUGUAGCAAUUGGUCUCGGUAUUGGUGGGCUGGCCCUGACUCUUAUUCUCCUCUUCGUCGUAGGAUGUGCGUGUUUCAGAAUGCAGCGCGGAUGGUCAGCUGCUCCCCCACGGUCAGGCAGACCGCCCUUUUCUGAUACAAGCAGCAUGGCGAACUACAGAUCAAAAUACGGCUCUUCCCCUUCAACGCAUUACGGAGCUCCAUCCGAAAAGUACGGACCGCCGUCGACGAAGUACGGCUACGCUCCAGGUGACGGAGAUGGUGACGAUCUUGAUAGCUCUGAUUUUCGGAAGGGGCCUCCGGUAACUAUCUCUGGCAGCCUCCCGCCGCCCGCGUACAGCGAGCAUUCGUUUGCUGUCGUACCCGGCCCGGCUGGACCAGUGAUGCUCUACAAACCUGGAAGAGGUAGUGAGAUGGGUUCACGAGGCUACACCAAGAACUCUUCAGGACGAUCUUCCGUCACUUCCUGGCUGAAGACACAAGAUGGCGCUCCAUCUGAACCUCGCCGUAGCUCUAUGGGCAGCGAUCGUUCUGUGGUUCGGAACUCUCGGCCAGCCAGCCGUGUAAGCAGCGUGAUCAAUGAGGGAUUCGAACCCCAGGGCGACCAGGAGCACUACAUGAUGACAAUCCCCAGCGUGCGUUCGGGAGCUGGUACGACCGUAGCAGCAAGCGAGGUCAUCUAUAAUUCGGUGGGGACCAGGUCCCAGGCUAACCGAGCCUCCUCAGUUGGGAGGCACGGUGAUGCAUCCACGGCACGCAACGCUUAACCGAGAAGAAGAAUAUCAAAACAAAGCGAAAAGGUUCAAAUAUUAAGUCUAAAUUAAAUGUAUACAAAUUAAUUACCAGUAACCAUGGGCAGGUCGGUCUGUGUGUGUGUGUGUGGGGGGGGGGGGGGGGAGAUGUCCCCCU